AUGUUUUGGCGCAAAGAGCCCUGGAAGUUCUGUCUCUCGCUGGCGGCGGCGGCGUGGACGCACUCGUUCCUGCUGGCAGCAGCGGGCGCGUGGAACUUGCUGCUGUUUCUCAAGGUCUUCCCCUGGAAACGCAGCUUCACAGAAGCAGCAGUGGAGGCCUACUGGAGCCGCAGCGGCUUCGUUGCUGCAGCACUUCGCGGGGGCUUUCUGGCGCUGGCCGUCAGCUUUUUGCUGGCCAGUGUUUUGACGGACUUGGCGAUUUGCACCAAGUCCGCGAGGGCCGCGUACCUGCUGGCGUGGCUGAACCUGGGCAGCAGCUUUCUGAGUCUGCUGCUGCUGCUGCACCUCUGGACGGCCUUCGGGGUGUUGCUGCUGUCUUCAAACGCCACUCUCGGAGAACUUGUCCUCUGGGGAAAUCCAGAUCUUCUUUAUUCUGUUCUUUCUGCAAUUCCCAUGACGCGCAUUUACGCCUCUCUGGGGGCUGUCUUCUCCGCGGGGGGCUCUGGCUUCGAGGGCAAGAGCGCGCAGCAGCUGCAGCAGCAGCAGCAGCAGCAGCCCAGCAGCAGCAGCAGCGGCACGCUGAAGAUGGGGGCGCUGGGGACCUGGAAAGUGGGCCUUUCGCUGCAGCAAGCUGCAGCAAUUUGGGGCCUCUUUUGCCUCGCAGUGGCCGUUCUGGACUUCAGCGUUUUUUGGAUUAAAAUCUCCGAAGACCCUCUCGUGAAAAUGAACAAAGUGGGACUUGUGUUUGUGGCGGAGGGCCUGACUUGCCUGUUUGCUGCAGUGGGGGCCCUGGCCGGCAGCGCAGCAGGGGCCCCCUUCUUCACGCUUUCUGCGCUGCUGUUCACUUUGCUGCUGCUGCCGCUGGCGCUCGCGCUGCUGCUGCUGCUGGGCAAGCCGCUGUUCUGGGGCGCGGCGCCGCUGCGGCAGCAGCUCGCGUUCAACUUUGCAAGUCUGCAUGCGCUCGGCGCCCAACUCGCCUUCAUUUCCACUUCUUUCUUCGCAGUUUCUGCACUUUACAGUUUAUUUGUGACGCAAACGCGAAAGGAAAUCCAAAGCGCCGCCAACGAGGCCCUCCAGCCCGUCGACUUGGAGGAGGAAAGCAAGAAGCUCCUCUCCGAGCCCUGA